UUCUCAAAUAUAUAUUAAGCUCCUUAAAAAGGUAUAAACAACCAUGGAGGGGAUAGAUAUUGGAAAAUCAUGCUGCUUUGUCACUGAUACAAGUGGAAUGCAAAAUCCUAGAACUCUAAAUCAAUCAUUUUGUCUUUCUUUUGCAAAACUGGCAGAGAACUACCCUGCUGGAUUUCCCAGAAAGGUAUUUGCAGAGGUAAUAGGCACCUUCCUGUUGGUAUUUGUGGCAAGUGGUUCUGCUGCUAUGAAUGCCAUUGAUGAAAACAAAGUCUCAAAACUUGCAGCUUCACUUGCAGGAGGAUUAAUCGUGACGGUGAUGAUUUAUUCAAUUGGACACAUCUCUGGGGCACAUAUGAAUCCAGCUGUUUCCUUAGCUUUUGCCACCGUCCGGCAUUUUCCUUGGAAACAGGUCCCAUUUUACAUUGCAGCUCAACUCAUAGGAGCUAUUUCCGCAUCCUAUACACUACAAGUGUUGUUAGCACCAGCAAAGCAACUUGGGACAACUUCACCUUCUGGAUCAAAUGUUCAAGCACUAAUCAUGGAAAUAGUGUCUACCUUCACCAUGGUGUUCAUUGCCACGGCUUCCUCUAUUGACACAAAAGCAAUUGGAGAGCUAGCAGGAGUAGCAGUAGGUUCUUCUGUUAGCAUAGCAAGCAUUGUCGCCGGACCCAUUUCAGGUGGAUCAAUGAACCCAGCAAGGACAUUAGGUCCUGCAAUUGCAGGUGCAUCCUACAAGGGAAUUUGGGUCUAUAUUCUUGGACCUGUUACUGGGGCACUUUUAGGGGCAUGGUCUUACAGUUUGAUACAGGAUCAAGGAAAGCCCGUUCUUGAUAUUUCUCAAUCUUCUUCCCUCUCAUUUUUGUUGCGCCAAAAGAUUAGUGAAAUUGAGCAAAUUAGUAACAACAACCAUGAUUGCUCGGCGUGAAUACAAUAUUUUAAACACCCUCCAUGUAAUGAUCUCAAGUUCAAUAUCAUAUAUCAACUUUCAAGAAUCAAGAUUAACCUUGUGUACGUAUUUGAACAUUGUUUUUGUCCUUAAAUGAGAAGCUAGUUACGAAAGAAAUGACAUGAAUAUAAAUUCAUUUAAUCACAUUCACUCCCAAAGUGGGAUAAGAGACUAUUAAUCAAGACAUGUACUUAAACAUUUUUUUUCAAAGAAGCUUAGAACGAUUAAGGAGGUAAAGAUGUCACUCGUGGUGAACAAAAUGUUGGGGUUUGGGGCUUCUUUCCUAUGUGGAGAAAGACUCAAAUAUAUAAGUCCACUUUGUCUCACUUAACAAGUGG